CUCUUAUUCGAAAGCCUGUCUAGGAAUGCACAUAAAGCGGAGAGUUCGCAGAGCAAGGCAAUAUUAUUUGGUGGGAUGUCACAAAACAUCCUGGAUCGCCAGUGAUCGUGAUUACCUCUCUCCAUAUCAUGAGCAAAGCCGAGUGAGUUACUUUGUGGUCAAGUGAUAAUACAUUACAAAGAGCUCGGACUAUCCGCCAAAUUACAUCUCGAAUCUCAACUUGAAAAUGGCCUCUUUCAAGAUUGAACAAGGAAGUUCUAUGAGUUGACAGACCAUCCAUGAUGUCAAAUCAAAAGCCAACGACGCCAUGGCCACCUACGACUCGAUUCGAAGUGACAAUCAAGCUGAGUUGGACUCCCUGAGUGCGAAGAGCUCGGCGGGUGUUUAUGGCUGUGGAUAUCGCUACCGGAAGUGGUUCGGGGUCCGACGGAGCACAUGGUUCCUUCUCUUCUAUGCUGUGACGUACGCAGCUUUCUUGGUAGCCGCAGGAUAUGCCAUGGCCUGUCUGGAGUGGGAAAAUGAGCAAUUCUUGAAGGCUCAGAUUCACGAACUAAAGUCCACUUUCCUGAGUGGCCAUCCAUCUGUGAACAGGACUGAAUUGGAAGUCCUUCUUGAAGCCUCAAUUACCGCUAGAGACCGAGGGAUUAGUAUAUUAGACAAAAACCGCGACGAAGUCAACUGGAGCUACGGACAGAGCCUUCUCUACACUGUGACCGUGGUCACCACCAUUGGUUAUGGACACAUUGUUCCCCUAACUUCACAUGGCAAAUCGUUCACCAUCGUUUUCGCCAUCUUAGGCAUCCCCUUCACUUUGGUCUUCCUUACAGCAGUGGUUCAGAGAUUAUUGGAGCCCACGUGUCAAUUGCUCUCAUGUUUUUUCUCGUGCUUGGGUGAAAGAUGGAGACCUCUUUGGAUCCGCCUGAUCCAUUUGACGUUCAUGAGUGUGUUCUUCAUUUGCUUCUUUAUUAUGGUCCCAGCUGUUAUAUUCAUGAAAAUCGAAGAGACUUGGAAUUAUUUGGAUGGGAUUUACUUUGUUUUCAUCUCUCUAACCACAAUUGGAUUGGGCGACUAUAUUCCUGGCGAUCAAGAAGGUCAACGGUUCCGGGAAGUCUACAAGACAUUUGUCGCAAUCUACCUUCUAAUGGGCCUGGUAUUUAUGACCCUUACUGCGACGGUAUUCUAUGACAUUCCUCAACUAAAUCUGGGAACAAUGCUUCAUCAGCAUAAAGAUAUCAAAUUGGAAGAGGAUACACUGGAAGAAAGGCCAGUCCUUAGAUCAACUAAUCGCGACAAUUCCAACUCUAACUCGAAAGUAUCACCCGAACGAUAGCCACUCUUAUAUGAGAAAACAUGGACUUUGAAUCUGUGCAGAACUUUCUCAAUACAAGAAGUGUAGAAGU